AAUCUUUUAGUCAGUUCUAUUCCUCUUCACUCUUAACUCUUCCUUAGUAAUGCUGUUGAUAAACGGAGGAACAAAAAUGAAAAUGUGCCUUAAAAUAAUUUCCGAAAUCUCUCUGGAGUGCUUUAACCUUUUAAAGCGUUAUGUCAGUUCUUUAUCUGUGUUACAGAUAAGCAAAUACUGGACAACAGCCAAACAGGACAGUUAAAAAGGAAACGUGACUGCUCACACCUCUCUCAAACGAUUCACGUUCACAGAAGGAGUAACAUACAUCUCCCUGGGCCCUGGAAGAGAAGGCAGGAGCUUAUUCACCCAUAAGAGACAACAGACUAAUGAUGGAACCAUCAAAAGAAUUUGUAUUCAAUUACAAAGGGUUUUACUUUGCUGUAAAUACUACAGCUGAUUAUGUAGCUUCCCUGGAGAAUUUUGAAGUCAAAGACAGUGACAUAUUCAUAGCUACUUAUCCAAAAUCAGGAACUGUGUGGACUCAGAAUAUUUUGAGCUUAAUACUUCACGAAGGCCACCGUAAUGGAACAGAAGAUAUGGAGACCAUGGACAGAAUCCCCUGGGUGGAAUAUAAUAUAAAAAAUUUGGAUUAUGCAAGUCUUCCUUUGCCUCGUGUUUUUGCCACUCACCUGCCUUACUACUUAACUCCAAGAGACCUGAGAAACAAAAAGGGACGUGUUAUUUAUGUUGCCAGGAACCCUAAGGACGUGUUGGUUUCUUAUUAUCACUUCUCCAAAUUCAUGGUAACGCUAGAGAAAAUACCAGAUUUUAACAUGUUCAUGGAGAGAUUUUUAGCUGGAAAAGUGCUUGCCAGUGCGUGGUUUGAUCAUGUUUCAGGCUGGUAUAACCAUGCAAAGGAUUUCAAUAUACUCUUCCUUACCUACGAAGAGAUGAAAAAGGAUCUCAGAAGUGCUGUGCUGAAAAUCUGCAACUUCAUAGGCAAGAAGCUGAGUGAAGAGGAAAUAGAAAGUGUGGUGAGACAGGCUACGUUUGAGAAUAUGCAAAAAGACCCCAGGGCAAACUACGAGAACUUGCCAGAUGACAUCGCGAUCAAAGGGAAGGGCAGGUUUCUACGGAAAGGCACCGUUGGAGACUGGAAAAACAUGAUGACAGUGGCGCAGAGUGAAAGGUUUGAUGAAGUUCUUAAAGAAAAAAUAGAGACCCUGCCUAUCAAAUUCACCUGGGAUAUCGACAGAGAAAUGUAGCCUGGCUUGGAGUUUUGACACCCUUUGGAGCUUAUCAUGGAUGGACGUGCCUGAUGUUCUGGAAGAACAAAACGUGACAAUUUUCAGCUAUGUUGUAGAAAUAGUAAAUAGAAGAACUCACUCAGAAAACAUGACUUAUCUGAAGGAGCUAUUCAAUUCCAUCACUUUCCUGUUUGUAAUUUUACAAAUUAUUUAAUUUUCAUAGUAAACCAUGAGCUCCUUUCA